GCAUAAAACUUGCAUAUUUUCAUUAUGCUUAGGUAAUGCAGUUAGUGGUCGCUCCUGCUAGCUUGAGCUUUCUUGCUGUUCGGGUACAUGCUGCUGCUUCUGAGAAGGAAACUUCUAAAAAGAACCUAUUGAAAGUAAAUGAGCUUUCACUCUAUACCAGUCCAGCGCCAAAAUCAAAGUAUGUAGAAGAUCAGCAGACACAGCUGGAGAAUGGUAUCUGUUAUCUGAGACAUUCUUUGGAACCAUAUACAGCUUGGUUUCAGAAAGUAUAUAGCAAAGUCUUGCCCAGUGCUGAAAAAGCAAUGGAGUGUGGUAAAGAGGGCUGUGACUUUCUCAAAAACCCACCACCUGGAUUUUACCCAAGGCUUGGAGUCAUAGGUUUUGCUGGUGCUGUUGGAUUGUUCUUGUCUAGAGGUUCCAAAAUAAAGAGGUUGGUGUACCCAAUAGGAUUCAUGGGGAUUGGUGCCUCUCUAUAUUAUCCGCAGCAAGCCAUUGCUAUUGCCAAGGUAACUGGUUCUCAGCUGUAUGACUGGAGUUUGCAAGUGUACAUAACAAUAGAAUCUCUCUGGAAAGAAAGUCCAAAAAAGAAAAGAUCUGCAAAAGCAUCUGACAAGGGUGAUGCAGACAGAGACAAGACAGGGAAAGUACAAGAAUGUUCUUCUGAGUAAAGGACAACAAAACAGAAUUUGUUGCUCAAAAAGAUGGAUGGUCUACAGAAGAUCAACGGUCUUCUAGAAUGGAAGAUCUUCACUGAAUCUGUGUUGAAUAUGAGUACAGUUUGCAUAUGUUUUGCCUCAGGAAAGUGUCCUUGCAAUCUGUCUCUGAGAGUGUGAGGAGUCACGGCUUUGCCUUCUGCCAGCUUUUGACUUCAGGUCGGAAUUGUGCACAAUUUCUCACAGGUUAAUUCAGGACCUGGGCGUAAUUCCACAACCAUGAGCCCCAACUGCAAAGAGGGAAGUUCCAUUGAACUCAGUGGGACUUGAUUCUAAAAAAAUGUUUAGGAUUGGGCUGCUAAUUGUCUCAGUACUCUUGAAUCUUUUGUUACUAUUUAUGGACAUAAUUAAAUGGAAGAUUUAAAA